AUGGAUCGUUGGGUGUGUCCAAACGAUCGCCAGUUGGCAUUACGAGCCAAGCUUGGCACAGGAUGGUCAAUCCAUACCAAUCGUUACUCACAGUUUCGUAAAUCAGACCAGUUGAGCAUUGAUGAACAGGAGCAGAUACUGAAUGUUAUUGCACGAGCAGAAUUUAUAGAGAAUGUUGAACAAGAGCGUAUAGGGCGCCUUGUCGAAAAAUUGGAUAACAUGAGAAAAAAUGCAAUGGGAAAUGGUAGUAGCCAGUGCAUACUUUGUGGAGAUGAAUUUGGCCUGCUUGGAGCCUCUCCAACCUAUUGUGAUGACUGCAAGAAGGCUGUUUGUACAAAAUGUGGUGUGGAUACCUGUAAUAGCCAGAAGACCCCACUUUGGCUAUGUAAGCUUUGCAGUGAAAGUAGAGAGGUAUGGAAGAGGUCUGGAGCUUGGUUUUUUAAAGGCAUCCCAAAGUAUACAACGCCUAAGCAAAGGAUGCAUGAUACUGGCAAGUUCUCUUCCAGUCCCAAAAAUCGAAUGGACAAUCAGGGACCACGUAAAGGAUCAAUUCGCAGUUACCACACAUGGAGUCGAGGUCGAGGUGGCAGCAAUAAAAACAACUAUGGCGGGGAGAGUACUGACCAAGACGCUUCCAGUAGCUCUGAAGAUGAGAUCAGCAUUGGUAAACGCACUUCAAAAAGCAAGCGGGGUGACUCAGAAAGUGACAAUGUCAGCAUUGGAAGCUCAUAUAGCAGCCGUCUACCUGCAGAUGAUAACAGGACAAGCAAUAUCAGUAAUAAUCCAUUUGGAAAUCAAUUAAGUGUAACUGAUAAUAAUGAGUUCCAUGAAGCAUCUGAUAAUGAAAAAUCCAGUGCUGGGGCUUUCAGCCUCUAUGGGCCAAUUCAAUCUUACAACAGUGAUACUACUUCAAAUCUUGAUGUCCACAAUAGGGAGGGAGAAAUAGAGAUGGCAUUCAGCCACUACAAACAAGGCAUCAUACAACUGGAUCAAUUUGAUGGGGCACAGUUAGCUUCUCCUGAUGGUGAACCCAUGACUCUGGGAGUGUUAGAGUUUUCCUUGCUUUAUGACAAUGAUAAUAAUGCUCUCAACUGCACAGUGGUACGUGCAAGGGGUCUAAAAGCAAUGGAUUCCAAUGGUCUCUCUGAUCCUUAUGUGAAAUUGCAUCUCUUACCAGGAGCCAGCAAGUCAAAUAAACUGAGGACCAAAACAACUCACAAGACCCUCAACCCUGAAUGGAAUGAGACACUCACUUACUAUGGAAUCACAGAAGAGGAUUUCCUCAAAAAGACUCUUAGAUUGUCUGUCUUGGAUGAAGAUGCUUUUGGUUAUGAUUUCAUUGGAGAAUACCGUGUACCUUUAAAAAGACUGAAGCCAAAUGAAACGAAAAACUUCUCUGUUUAUUUGGAAAACCCUCUUCCUCUUGAGAAGGAUGAUGAGCUUAUGAUGACUGAACGGGGAAAGGUGCUUAUAACCCUUACCUAUGUGGUGGCCAAGCAGGUCCUCAUUGUCGGAAUUGUCCGCUGUGCCAGCCUUGCCUCAAUGGAUACUAAUGGGUAUUCUGAUCCAUAUGUGAAAGUCUACUUAAAGCCAGACAAGAACAAGAAAUCAAAAUUCAAGACUUCAGUCAAGAAGAAGACAUUGAAUCCUGAAUAUCAUGAGGAGUUUUCUUAUGAAAUAAAACAUAUUGAUCUUUCUAAAAAGACUUUAGAAGUAACUGUUUGGGAUAAAGACAUUGGAAAAUCUAAUGAUUUUAUUGGUGGAGUUCAGUUGGGCUGUCACUCAAAAGGCGAUCGGCUUCGGCAUUGGUAUGACAUGCUGAGAAACCCAGACAAGAAAAUAGAAUACUGGCAUGUUCUCUCUGCUGAGAUGACCCCUGAGGUUUAA